GGUGCAGAGGGGGAGGGAGGGGGACGCCGCCAUCACGCCCGGCAGCCACGAGCCCGGCGCCGCAGACGUGUGCGAGGUUUGGGCGACGCGCAGCGCCCCGCCAGUGUCUCGCUACAGACCGCCUCGCCAGUUCGGCCGUGGAGCCCGCGACCGGCGCAGCGGGGACCAGCGGCCAGGGACCAGACCCCCGCCGGUGAAGUUCAAUCCGUUGUUGAAGUUAGUCCCGCGUGCAACCGCGCAGGCGGCCAGUGAAAACCGCCCCACCGCCAAGCCUCCCCAUUCGCGAUGGGGGUGGCUGAAGACCUCGCCCCCAGCUUCACGCAGAAGCCGCAGCUGCGCCAGGAGGACGAGGGCAACCGCCUCGUGUUCGAGUGCCAGCUGCUGGCGUCGCCCAAGCCGGACAUCACGUGGUUCCGCGGCGACACGCAGUUGGCCGAGGACCACCGCACGGCCAUGAAGACGCAGUCCAUCGGCACGGGCAAGUUCCUGGUCGUGCUCGAGCUGGACGACGUCGUCGAGACGGACGCCGGCCUCUACAAAGUCAAGGCGAAGAACAAGAUGGGCGAAGUGGCGGCCUCGAUCAACCUGAACUUCAGUCCAAUGGACGAGCCUCAUGAAAAACAAAUUGAUGGCAUUGCACCGACAUUCUCGAAGAAGCCUUCUAUUCGACAAGAGGAGGACGGCAAACGGCUGUUGUUCGAAUGUCGAAUUCAGGCAGACCCUAGGCCCACCGUCAGUUGGUCUCACAAUGGAGCGGCAGUUAAGGAUUCUUCUCGACAUCGGCUGACGGUGGACAAAGAUGGUCACUCCUAUUUCGCUACUUUGGAAAUAAAAAAUGUCACUGCCGAGGAUGCUGGAAAAUACAAAGUGACAGCGAAGAACGAAUUAGGAGAAAGUAAUGCCACAAUAAGUCUGAAUUUUGACAGUUCCUUUCUCAAUAUAGGCAACGAGGCUCCGGAGCCAGCGGAAGGAAUCAAACCGACGUUUACAGAACGUCCGGUGAUUCGUCAGUCUGAAGACGGCGUGAAGGUCUCAUUCGAGUGCAGGCUGGUAGGAGAUCCGAAACCUACAGUUACGUGGUACCAUGGAAAAAAGGCUGUGAAAGAAGGAGGACGUUUCCAGACGUCGCUGGAACAAGAUCAGAAAUCAUACUACCUGGCGAGGCUAGAAAUAACAUCAGUAGAGAAUUCCGACAGCGGUGAUUACAGGGCAGUUGCCAAGAACAAGCUUGGAGAGGGGACGGCUACCAUUAAUCUUAAUUUUGAGGGUGGCGACAAACCAAAAAUUCCAGAUGGAAAACCACCACGGUUUCCCAAAAAGCCAACAAUUCGACAGGAUGGAGACAUUUUGGUUAUGGAGUGCAUUCUGGAAGCAAAUCCCGUCCCAGAGAUUACAUGGUACCAAGGCACCAAAGUUAUAUCUGACAGCAAGCGCGUCCGCAUGUCAAGAAAGGCUACAGGAAAGGACACUUAUCUUCUAACCCUAGAAAUAUCAAACCCUACAAAAGAAGAUGGUGGCAACUACCGAUGUAAUGCCUUCAAUAAUUUUGGGGAGAGCAAUGCUAAUAUUGCUCUUAAUUUUCAAGGCGGGGAUGAGGCAGGUUUUGCACCAUCUUUUGUCGAAAAACCGAGAAUAAUUCCGAACGAAACUGGAACCCUUAUUACAAUGAGAUGCAAGUGUAAAGCUAAACCAAUGCCUACAGUUACAUGGUAUAGGGGUACAACGAUUGUUAAAGAAUCAUCAAAAAUAAAAAUGAAUAUUAAAGAAAUAGAAGAAGACACUUUUGAACUAACUCUUGAAAUUAAGGAUCCAAGCAGUGAAGAUGGUGGGACUUACCGAUGCAACGUAAAGAACGAAUAUGGCGAGUCUAAUGCUAACCUUAAUCUAAAUAUAGAGGCUGAACCGGAACCAGAGGGAGAUGGUCCAACGUUUGUUGAGAAGCCUCGAAUCACAUCCGAUAAAGGAGGAAAGUUAGUAAAAAUGGAUUGUACAGUGAAAGCUAACCCAAAACCCACAAUUGUGUGGUAUCAUGAAGGAAAAGUGGUUAAAGAGUCUUCAAAAAUUUCCAUGUUAAUUGAAGAAAAAAAUGAUAUCUACUAUAUUAAAUUGGAGUUAAAGGAUCCAGGAGCAGAAGAUUCUGGGUUAUACAAAUGCAAUAUAAAAAACACAAUGGGAGAAUUGAAUGCAAAUCUAACAUUAAACGUUGAAAUCAUUCCAGUGAUCAGAGAAAAGCCAAAGAUCAUCAAGAAUGUUAAGAAGAAAACAGUUGUUGUGGAAUGCACCGUACAAUCAAAGUUUGCACCACAGUGUACCUGGUUCAAGGAAUCCAAUCCCGUUCGAGAAGAUUCCAGGCAUUUUAUUCGCAUUGAACAAGUCAGAGAGGGCGAGUUUGCAGUCAAGCUGGAGAUUGAACCUUGUGCUCCUACAGACAAAGGAAAAUACAAGCUUGUAGCAAAGAACGAAAAAGGUGAAGCUAUAUCUCAAAUAGUGGAACUAAUAGAUAUUCCUAUUGAAGAUGAAAAGAAAGGCGAGAAACCAGUAAUUAUCAAAGGCCUGACAUCUGUGACGAUAGAAGAAGGAAAAUCAGCAGAAUUUGUAGCACAGCUGAAAACUGUGGACAAGAAUGUAACGGUAACGUGGUACAAAAAUUCCCAAACAUUGCGGCAGUCCAGGGAAUACAGCAUUACGUUUGAUGGCCAGUACCUGAGGAUAAAUAUUACGAACUGCAAGAAAGAAUCAUCUGCAACUUAUAAAGUUGUAGUUUCCAAUGAAUUUGGCAAAGACGAAUCAAGCGCACAAUUAAAUGUUACGGAAAAGAAGAAAGUGGAAGAAAAGAAAAAAGAAGAAAAGGAGGAAAAGAAAGAGAAAAAGACAGAAAAGGUAAAGGAAGAAAAGGACGAAGAGAAAGCAGAGAAAGUGGUCGAAAAGAAAAAAGAAGUGAAAGAAACAAAAGAAGAAAAGAUUGAAAAGAUGAUUGUAGAUACUGUCGAGAAGGAUGAACCGGAGUCUGAUGAUUACGAGGAUGAAGAAAGCGAAGAGAUGGAUUCCCAGGAGGAAGUCAUUGAAAGAAAAGUAGCCGACAAGAAAGUACACGAGGAUAAGAAAACUGUUCCAGAAAAAAAGCCAGAACUGAAAAAGGAUGAACCUGAGAAAGUAAAUGAAGUUGGAGAAGCUAAAAAACCCAAAAAAUUGGAAAAGCCUAAGACUGAAGAAGACACUAAAAAGUCUCCAAACAUAAAUAAACCCUCAUUGAAAAAAUUAGACGAACAUGUUAACGAUUUACCAUCACUUAAGGAACUCCAAAUCAAGCCAAAAGAUGAAACCAAAGAAAUCCCAAGUAAGCCUAAAACAAAGUCAUCUGAUGAAACUGUAAGAGAUUUAGAAGCUAAGAAGCCUGAUGAGAGUAAACCUUAUGUUAAAGAAAUUGAAACUGAGCAGCAAGACAAGCAAAAAACCUUACCCAAAAUGUUUAAAACCAAAUCAACUGAUGACACCAUGCCUAAAAUAAAAGAUGUUGACCAAAACCAGAUUGAUAAAAAGCAAACUACACAAAAAAAAUCUGAUACAAAACAAACAGAUGAAACACUUAUUCCACCAAAAUUUAAUGACAAAAAACUAAGUGACACCUUAAAGACCCCACAAAAAUCUUUGGAAGAAACAAGGAUAGUAUCAAAAAUAGUUGAGCCGGAAACACCAGCUUUAAAACACACAGCUGCAAAGGAGACUGAACCUGAGCCGGCGAAAAAAGAACCAGUUAAAAAACCUGAACCUGAAAAGGUUGCAGAACAAACAGAAGAGAGAGUUACUGAAAGAAAAAUGUCUACACAACAAGUUCCUAAAUACGACCCUUUGGCCUAUAUACCUAGUCCAGAAGAGAGUGAUGCAGAAGAAAACAAACCUGAUGUUAGUUCAGUUCCAACGCAAGAGCAUAGGCCUUCUGUUGUUGAAACUGAGGUUACAAUGGAGAUGAAAUCAGAAUCCCGAAGAACGUCCAUUGUACAAACUGGAGAUAAGGUUGUAAAAGAAGAAGAAAAAACAAUGCAGGAAAGAAGAUCAUCAAUUCAAAAGGUUGAAGAGAAAGUGAAGACAAAAGAUCGACGAACCUCCUUUCAGAAGGCGGCUGUUGAAGAAAAGAAUGACCUAGUCGAAAUGAGGGCUGCGCUGAAAAAAAGAGUGGCACCAAAAGUUGAGGAGAAAGAGAAGAAAGAAGAGCGACGGCCCUCCACUGUGAAAAAGUUAGCUGUUGAAGAAAAGGAUGAAUUAACAGAUAGAAGGGCAUCACUGAAAAAAUCAGAUACACCUAAGAUUCGUAAAUACGACCCUAUGGCCUAUACACCAUCUAGUUCUGAAGAAAGUGAAGUGGAGGAAGAAAAGAAUGAGGUGAUCUCACAGCUGAUUCACCAUAAUAGGCAACCUGUGGUUGAAGAUGAACAGCCUGUAGACAAGAAAACCAAAGCUCCUGGCAUGAAAGUACCAGAAAUCAAAGCACCGGAAAUUCAACAACCGGAAAUGGAAGCACCUAAGAUUGAGGUUAGCCGUGAAAAGUCUCCAGUUGGUGAUGCAAGGAAAGGUUCAUUAGCUCCUGGUUCGGGGCAGUCCAGUAGGCGAGGAUCACUCAUACCACCGGCUGAGCAAGAGCGUCGGCCAAGCCUCAUAAUAAGUGAUGAGGAGAAUAGGAAGUUGCGGCCAGGAGAAGUGUUGGAGGAGAGAAAGAGGAAAGGCUCUCGCCCUGGAGAACUUCAGGCCAAGGAUAAGCUUCAGAGACGAAGACCGAGCACCGACAUGAGAAGGCCGAGUGUUGCUGAGUUAGAUGACAGGAUUGACAAGCCGUCCACUCCGCUGAAGCCGGUCGGAGCUCCUGGCCCGCCUGCGAUCGUCGAUGUGCAAGAGAGCUACACUGCAGUCGAAGAUUCAGUCGGCUAUAUUGUGGUGCAAGUGGAGGGUAACCCUGCUCCCACAUUCAAGUUCUACAAGGGAAUGACUGAAAUCAUUGAAGGUGGACGUUUCAAGUUUCUGACAGAUGGUGAAACCAAUACCAUUACACUCUGCAUGAGAAAAGUAAAACCUAAUGAUGAAGGAAAAUAUAAAAUUGUGAUAAGCAAUGAGCAUGGAGAAGAUUCUGCCGAAACACAGCUAUAUGUCUCUGAUGCUAGUGGAAUGGAUUUCCGAGCAAUGCUUAAGAAACGCAAGUAUGAGAAGUGGGCCAAAGAGCAAGGUGACCCUAACUGGGGUGAUCUGAAAGAAGUUGAGAAACCAGUUCCAGCAUUGAAGAAAGUGGAAAAGAAACAAGAAUCAUUCCUGAAGCCAUUGGUUGACAAAUAUGCCAAAGAAGGAAAAGAUAAAAAAGUUGUUUUUGAAGCAGUUUUCACGAAACCUAAUUCAAAACCGAAGUGGAUGCUUCGAAAAGACGAAUUAUUUCCUGGAUCCAAGUACAAAUUCAAAAAUGAAAAUGACACUUAUUACCUUAUCAUUAACAAUCCUAAAGUGGAAGACAGUGGGAAAUACACUAUUGAAAUUGGAGGAGUAUCAUCAACUGCUUUCUUAAACGUAGAAGAACCUGAUCCUGUGUAUUCAUUUUUGAAACCACUAAGCAAGAAAACCGAUGGCUUUACUAAACAUGAAACUUUCAUGGAAUGCACUGUCAGCAACAGUAUGGCUAUUGUUGGCUGGUACAAAGGAAAUACUAAACUAGAGGCAGGUGACAAGUAUGAUAUUGCAAAAGAAUUGUCAGGUGUAUGUAGAUUGACAAUCAAGAACUGUGCGAUAGAAGAUGGUGGCGAAUAUUCUUGCCGUAUAGAAAAACAAAAUGAUAAGACAAGUACUACAGUCACAAUUAUUGAAUACCCUUACAAGUUUGUAAAAGUACUGAAGAGUCAGCAAGUUAUAGAAAAAGACACAAUUACUUUACUUUGUGAGCUGGAUGAUGCUGGCGGUGAUGUAAAAUGGUUCAAAAAUAACGAACAAGUCAAACCAGAGAAAAGGAUUCAAGUCAUCAAGGAAGGAAGGAAACGGAAGCUGGUUAUAAAAGACAGUAAAGUUACAGAUGCUGGAAAUUACUCAUGCGUAAGCAACGCUGACAAAACGGAAGCGGAAAUAAUUGUUCAGUAUGCAAAUCGUUUCAAUAAGAAACUAAAAGAUACAACGGUGAUAGAACGUGAGAAACUUGUGCUGGAUGUGGAACUACAAGAUCAGACUGCUCCAGCCGAAUGGUUCUUCAAUGGGGAACCCAUUAAAGAAUCUGACAGGAUUGAAAUAAAGAACCUUGGAGGUGGAAAACAUCAGUUGAUUUUCAAAAAUGCUGAAAAAACUGAUGAUGGUGAAAUCGUUUGUGAAUCUGGGAAACUUUCAAGUUCAGCAAAAAUUACAGUUAAGAAAGGGGAAAGUAAACCAUCCAUCAAUUUCCCUGAUAAAGUUGAGGGACCAUGCAACAAACCAAUCAUAUUUGAUGUGCCUUACACUGUUGACGGAACACGGCAAACUCCCAUCGAUGCCAAGAUUAUCAAGGAUGGAAAAGCUUUGCCUCUCAAAGAUGUUGAGGUGAUCGUAGGAGAAGACAAAAUAACUUACAAAAUUAAAAAACCAGCACGAAAUUUGUCAGGUCCAUAUCAACUGAAAAUUUCAAAUGGUCAAGGUGAAGCACUUCAGAAUAUUCAAGUCAACAUGCAAGAUGUUCCUUCGCAACCCCAGGAAAUCAACGUAACAGAUGUUUUCCAGACAUCAUGUGUGGUGAACUGGAAACCAUCCAAGGAUGACGGUGGCCUACCAAUCUUACACUAUGUACUUGAACGGUUGGAUAUGAGUGUCAAAGGUGGCUGGGACAGCGUAGCUCAAAUUCCACCAAAUGAGCCAAGCACGUUCAAGUGCGAAGAUCUGACACCAAAAAAAGAAUAUAAGUUCCGUAUCAGAGCUGUAAACAAACUUGGCAGCUCAGAACCGGUUUUGUUUGGAAAGAGUGUCCUUGCGAAGGACCCAUGGGAUGAACCCAGUAAACCAAACAACGUUGAAGUCGUCGAUUGGGACAAGGACCAUGCAGAUCUCAAGUGGACCAAACCACUCGAUGAUGGCGGUGCUCCAAUCACUGGAUACGUUAUUGAAUUCAAAGAAAAGUUUGGCAAGGACUGGACUACAGGGAAAGUGCUCGAGGGUGACAUCACUGCAGCCACUGUUGAUGGGCUCAAGGAAGGAACUCAGUACGAAUUCCGAAUACGAGCAGUCAAUAAAGCAGGUCCAGGGGAACCAAGUGAUGCUACUAAACCGAUUAUUGCCAAGGCUCGUUUCGUUAAGCCAUUCAUUAUUGGUGAUGACCUAAUUAACUUGGUGAUAAAGAAAGGUCAAGUGAUAAAGUACGACAUAAAGUACGGUGGUGAGCCAGAGCCAGUUCCACGAUGGGAAAAGGAUGGUGUCGAACUCGUAGAGGAUGCUCAAGAAAGAAUAACCAUUGACAAAUAUGAACGGAACACAGUGCUAACUGUUCGUAGAACAACAAGAGCUGACAGUGGCAAAUAUAAACUGAUUCUAACAAACGGCUCUGGAACAUGUGAAAAAAUGGCAGACGUUGUGGUACUAGACAAGCCAACUCCACCAAAGGGCCCUCUGAAAGCAGAGGAAGUACGGGCUGAUCAUGUGAAAGUAAAAUGGGGCAAACCAGAUGAUUUUGGUGGCAGUGACAUAACUGGAUAUGUCCUGGAGAAAAUGGACUUGGACACAGGACGCUGGAUUCCUGCAGGCGAGGUGGGACCAGACCAGGAUACGUUUACUUUUGAUGGCUUGACUCCGAAAAAGAAGUACAAAUUCAGAGUGAAGGCAGUAAACAAAGAGGGUGAAUCCGAGCCGCUCGAAACAUUUGAUGCAAUUGUUGCAAAGAAUCCAUAUGAUGAACCUAGCAAGCCAGGGAAACCAGAUAUUAUUGAUUACAAUAACAAGAGCGUGACUUUGAAAUGGGCAAAGCCGGAAUCAGACGGCGGUCGCCCAAUCACGCACUACACCAUCGAGAUGAAGGACAAGCUGUCUGUGGAGUGGGUAGAGGUCGCCACGACCAAGGACAACACUCCAGAAGGCAUCGUCGAGAACCUGAAAGAGAAGCAAGUGUACCAGUUCCGCGUGAGGGCUCACAACAAGGCUGGGGUCGGGGAGCCAAGCGAUGCAACCAACAACCACAUUUGCAAGCAUAAGAAUCUGAAGCCAAGAAUCGACCGUGAAAUGUUCAAGAGUGUUACCAUUAGGUCUGGACGCACACACAAAUGGUCGGUGGAUGUGUCUGGAGAGCCUCCCCCAACCUUGAGCUGGAUUUGGAGAGACAAUGUAACGCUCGUCAACACGGAGAAAAUCAAGAUUGAAAACAUUGAUUAUCACACCGAUUUUUCAAUAGUCAAUGCCCAGCGACGUGAUACUGGGAAGUACACACUUGUUGCUGAAAAUGCUUCAGGAAAAGAUCAAGAAACAGUGGAACUCACAGUUCUUGGCAAGCCAGGCACUCCGAUGGGUCCCUUGGAAGUGAAGGACGUGACGAAGAACAGCUGCAAGCUGGCGUGGAAGCCUCCGGAGGACGACGGCGGCAUGCCCAUCAGGGAGUACGAGGUGGAGAAGAUGGACGUGGCGACCGGCAAGUGGGUGCGAGUGGGACGCGUGCCCGGCGGCCGGGAAAAACCCGAGAUGGACAUCACGGGCCUGACCCCCGGCGCAGAGUACAAGUUCCGCGUCACUGCCGUCAACGACGAGGGCGACUCUGAGCCGUUGGUCACCGACAAGGCCAUCAUCGCCAAGAAUCCGUUUGAUGAACCGGGUAAACCAGGAACACCGGAAAUAACUGACUAUGACAAUGAAAGUGUUGAUUUGAAGUGGGCGCCACCUGCAAGUGAUGGUGGUGCUCCGAUUGAAAAGUACAUAAUUGAGAAAAAAGACAGGUACAAGCCGGACUGGGAGAAGGCGGCGGAGGUGCCGGGAGACGAGCUCACGGCGAAGGUGCCCGACCUCAAGGAGAGGGCGGAGUACCAGUUCCGCGUGGUGGCCGUCAACAAGGCCGGGCCCUCGCCCGCCUCGGAGCCCACCAAGACACACACCGUCAAACACAAGGCUUUGAAACCAAGGAUCGACAGAACGAACCUCAAGCCAAUAGUCGUUCGUGCUGGCAAACCAAUAAAGUACGACGUCAACAUCCGAGGAGAACCACCUCCAACUGUCACCUGGUUCCAAGGAGACAAAGAGGUGAAAUCUGAAGGACCUGUUGAGAUAAUUAACAUUGACUACAACACGAAGCUGAACAUUACAGACACUGUAAGGAAACACACAGGCCUUUACAAAAUUGUUGCUGUGAAUCAGCAUGGAAAAGAUGAAGCUGAUGUAGAAGUUACAGUGUUGUCUGCUCCAUCCAAGCCAAAAGGACCACUGAAAGUUUCUGAUGUUACUAAAAAUGGUUGUAAGCUGAAGUGGGACAAGCCAGAGGACGACGGCGGCAAGCCAAUCACAGGGUAUGUGGUUGAGAAGCUCGACAAGUCAACUGGGAGAUGGGUUCCUGUGGGCAAAACGUUGGAGCCCGAAAUGGACGUGAAAGGCCUUCAAGAAGGACACGAAUAUGAGUUUAGAGUUAAGGCAAUUAAUGAAGAAGGUGACAGCGAGCCACUUGAAACUGACCGACCAACUGUUGCCAAGAACCCGUAUGAUAUCCCAAGCAAGCCGGGAGCUCCUGAAAUUGUAGACUGGGAUGCAGAUCGUGUUGAUCUCAAAUGGCCUGCGCCUAAAUCCACUGGAGGAGCACCCAUCACUGGAUACGUUAUAGAGAAGAAAGAAAAGUUUGGAAGCUCUUGGGAUGAAAUCCUUACAACCAGUGGUCCAGAUUGCGAUGCUCGGGUUCCUGGCUUGAAAGAAGGCAACCAGUAUCAGUUCCGAGUGCGAGCGCUCAACAAAGCUGGGCCAUCAGAGCCCAGUGAACCAACGAAGCCACAUAUAGCUAAGGCGAGAAACUUGAAGCCUCUCAUAAAUCGUGAGAAACUGCAGAAGGUAGUGGUCCGAGCAGGCCAGUUUGUGAAGUUUGACGUCGACAUCAAGGGUGAACCACCUCCAACUGUCACAUGGAGUUUCGCAAACAAGCCGCUGGAAAAUAGUGCAACCUCAAAGAUAGAGAAUGAAGAUUACAACUCCAAACUCACGCUCUCGGACACAACGAGGAAGAACACUGGCGUGUACACUAUUAAAGCUGAGAACCCAUCUGGAAAAGAUGAGGCAACAGUUGAAGUUAAUGUCUUAGACAAGCCUGAAGCACCAGAAGGUCCGUUAGAGGUGACCGACGUACACAAAGAAGGCUGCAAGCUCAAAUGGAACAAGCCAAAAGAUGACGGUGGAUUGCCACUGACUGGUUACGUGGUGGAGAAGAUGGACACUCAAACAGGCCGGUGGGUCCCCGCUGCAUUUGUUGAUCCCAGCAAGACGGCACAAGAAAUCACUGGCUUGGAACCCAACAAAAAGUACCACUUCAGGGUAAAAGCUGUGAAUGAAGAAGGUGAAUCUGAACCUCUCGCUACAGACACAGCAAUUCUGGCCAAGAAUCCAUUUGACGCUCCAUCAGCUCCAGGACUUCCAGAAAUUGUUGACUGGAAUGAAAAUAUGGUGAAACUGAAAUGGGAACGCCCAAUUAGGGAUGGUGGUGCUCCUAUAACUGGUUACGUGAUUGAGUCGAUGGACAAGUACGGCGGGGGGUUCGUGAAGUGUGCAGAAGUGAUGGGCAACAUGUGCGAGGGCACCGUUCCCAAGCUGGAGGAAGGCAACCAGUACCAGUUCAGGGUGCGGGCAGUAAACAAGGCGGGCCCGGGGGAACCCAGCGAGGAGACCAACCCGCACACCGCCAAGGCCCGCUUCUUGAAACCACGCAUUGAUCGCACUAACCUUCAGAAUAUAAUAAUCAAGGUUGGCCUGACAUUGUCUUUGGAUGUGAACAUCAUCGGUGAGCCACCUCCAGUCGUCACAUGGACGUUUAAAGAUCAGGAGUUGAAAACUGAUGAACUGAUCCGCAUAGACAACAUUGACUACAACACAAAAUUUUUCAUACUGAGAGCCAAACGAAGUCAUAGUGGAAAGUAUAUUAUUAAUGCAAAAAAUUCUGUAGGUGAAGACACUGCGGAAGUGGAAAUUUCUGUUCUUGGAAGGCCAACCAAGCCUAAAGGACCUCUAGAAGUAAGUGAUGUCAAUAAACAUGGCUGCAAACUCAAAUGGAAGAAGCCAGAGGAUGAUGGCGGCACUCCAAUUGAGUAUUACGAGAUUGAAAAGUUGGACCCUCUAACUGGACAAUGGAUACCAUGUGCAAAAUCAACUGAACCUGAGGCAAACAUAACUGGCCUUCAAGAAGGAAAACCAUAUAAGUUCCGAGUUAAAGCUGUCAAUAAGGAAGGUGAAUCAGAGGAACUUGAAACAGAAAAACCAAUCAUUGCCAAGAAUCCAUUUGAUACUCCUGACAAACCUGGAAGACCUGAACUAAGAAACUGGGACAAAGAUUUUGUUGACUUGGAAUGGACACCGCCCAAGAAAGAUGGUGGCGCUCCUAUUGAGAAGUAUAUCAUCCAAAUGAGAGAUAAAGAAGGUCGCAAUUGGGUCAAUGCAGCCACUGUACCAGGCGACAGGACUGCAGGCAAAGUUACAAAUGUUGAAGAGGGCCACGAGUAUGAAUUUCGAGUGGUUGCUUUUAACAAAGCUGGGCAGAGCGAACCCAGUGAUGUAUCAAAAUCAGUGAUCGCCAAACCAAGAUUCUUGGCUCCCCGCAUUGAUCGUAAGAACCUGCAGAAGAAGGUUCUUCGAAGCGGGCAGCUGCUGUGCAUGGAGGCAGAUGUGAAAGGCGAGCCAGCACCAACCAUAACAUGGACUCUCAGCGACAAGGUCCUCAAGUCUGGUGACAGGUUGAAAAUUGAAAAUGAAGACUAUAAGACAACUUUUAUUCUUCAAAAAGUGAAGAGAUCUGACACAGGAGUGUACAAAGUGACAGCGAGAAAUGACAGUGGAAUAGAUGAAGUAGAUGUGGAACUCUCUGUGCUCAGUAAACCAAGCAAGCCGAAGGGUCCUCUGAAAGUAUCCGACGUCACAGCUGAAGGCUGUAAACUGAAAUGGGACAAGCCAGAGGAUGAUGGAGGAGAGCCUGUUGAUCACUACAUUGUUGAGCGCAUGGACACAGAUACAGGGCGGUGGGUCCCAGUCACCACCACCAAAACUCCAGAAGCUGAGGUGGCAGGUCUGAAUGAGGGUAAAGAGUACCAAUUCCGUGUGAAAGCGGUCAAUUCAGAAGGCGAAUCUGAACCUCUAGAGACUGACAUUCCUACUCUUGCGAAAAAUCCUUACAGUGAACCUGACAGGCCAGGAAAGCCAGAGGUUAAAGACUGGAACAAGCACCAAGCAGAUUUACGGUGGGCGCCGCCCAAAUCAGAUGGAGGUGCUCAAAUCACAUCCUACAUCAUCGAAAAGAAAGAUCAGUACAGUUCCAAAUGGCAGAAAGCAGUGGAAAUCAUUGGAAACAAAUGUGAAGCCAAAGUUCCUGACCUUGUGGAAGGCAUGAAGUAUCAGUUCCGAGUGCGCGCUGUGAAUAAAGGAGGUCAAAGUAAACCAAGUGAACCCAGUGACACCAUCACUGCAAAGGAUCGCUUUGCACCCCCUAAAAUUGAUCGCAGCGCCCUCAAAGAUCAGACCAUCAAAGCUGGCCAAAAUCUCCGCUUUGACGUGAAGAUCACUGGUGAACCGCCACCAUCCAAGUCAUGGUUCCUAAACAAAGCAAGUCUCCAGACUAAAGAUGCUAUUUCUGUAGACAAUGAAGAUUACAAGACCAAACUAGUAAUUUCUUUCAUCACGAGGAAACAUUCAGGAACAUACGUCAUCAAAGCUGAGAAUAGCGCUGGAAAAGAUGAAGCGUCUGUAGAGAUUACUAUUGUUGAUAAGCCAAGUAAGCCUGAAGGCCCUCUGAAGGUAUCUGACAUUCACAAGGAAGGUUGCAGCUUGAAAUGGAACCCACCAGAAGACGAUGGCGGAUCACCUAUUGAGAAUUAUGUUGUGGAGAAGAUGGACACAGACACAGGUCGAUGGGUGCCAGUAGGAAGGACAAAAGAGCCAAAGAUGGAUGUUGAAAAUCUUCAGCCCGGACAGGAAUACAAAUUCCGCGUGAUGGCUGUGAAUGCAGAGGGAGAAUCUGAGCCCCUCGAGGCGGAGAAACCCAUCAUCGCUAAGAAUCCAUUUGAUGAGCCUGGGGCGCCGGGCACGCCCGAGGCGACGGACUGGGACAAGGACCACGUGGACCUGAGAUGGACCCCGCCCUCGUCUGACGGCGGGUCUCCGAUCACGGGCUACGUCAUCGAGAAGCGCGAGAAGGGCUCCCCACGGUGGACCAAGGCCGGCGAAUCCCGCGGGGAUGAGCCCAAAGGCCGCGCCGACAAUCUGGAGGAAGGCGUCACCUACGAGUUUCGAGUGCGCGCUGUCAACGUGGCUGGCCCGGGCCAGCCGAGCGAAGCCAGCAAGCCAGUCACAGCUAAGCCAAGGAAGCUGGCACCAAAAAUUGACAGGCGCAACUUACGCAACAUCACAGUGCAUGAAGGAGAACCAAUCUUCUUUGAUGUAAAGAUCUCAGGAGAACCACCCCCAGACGUGACGUGGAGUCUCAAUAAUAAGUCAUUGCAAGAAACAACUUAUAGAAGGAUAGAAAAUGUGCCGUACAAUACAAAAUUCUUUCAUGAUAAUCCUGAAAGGAAAGAUACUGGAACGUACAAAAUUCAAGCUGUAAAUAAGUAUGGCUCAGACACGGCAGAAGUCGAGAUCACAGUUGUUUCCAAGCCAGGAAAGCCAGAGGGUCCUCUAGAAGUGUCGGAUGUACACAAAGAUGGUUGUCAACUGAAAUGGAAGAAACCCAAAGAUGACGGAGGAGAACCAAUCGAGUCGUACUUGGUUGAAAAGUUUGACCCUGACACAGGAAUUUGGCUGCCAGUUGGACGCACCAAAGAACCACAAAUGGAAGUUACUGGCUUGAUUCCUGGCCAUGAGUAUAAGUUUAGAGUAAAGGCCAGCAACAAAGAAGGUGAUUCCGAACCACUGGAAACAUUUUCAUCAAUUUUUGCUAAGGAUCCCUUCACUGUUCCAACUGCUCCUGGAGCACCUGAACCAUCAGACUGGAGUCAAAAUCACAUUGAUUUGAUUUGGAAAGAACCAAUCAGUGAUGGCGGCUCUCCUAUUACUGGGUAUAUUAUUGAGAAGAAAGAUAAGUACAGUGUGAUGUGGGAAAAGGCAUUAGAAACUAACUCGCCCACACCACAAGCUAACGUACACGGCCUCAUUGAAGGCAACGAGUACCAGUUCAGGGUUAUAGCCGUGAACAAAGCUGGGCAGAGUGAACCAGGAGAAGCUAGCAAAAACUUCAUUGCUAAACCUCGCUUCUUGGCACCGAGAAUUGACAGGCGUAACCUGCAUGACGUCACUAUAUCUGCUGGAGCAGCACUUAAAUUUGAUGUGGGUAUCACUGGUGAACCGCCACCAACAACAGAAUGGCGUUUUGGCAGUGUUCCGUUAAGAUCUUCAAAGUCAGUGACAGUUGACAGCGUGGACUACAAUACUAAGCUAACAAUCCGUCCAUUACAACGAGGUGACUCUGGCGAAUAUACAAUCACUGCAACUAACAGCUCCGGAAAGGAUUCUGUAACUGUGACAGUUACAGUGACAGAUAAACCCACUCCACCAGAAGGUCCUUUACAGGUAUCUGAUGUCCACAAGGAAGGAUGCAAACUGAAAUGGAAGAGGCCUCGAGAUGAUGGUGGAACUCCAAUAGAAUACUAUCAAGUAGAAAAAAUGGAUCCUGAGUCUGGAAGUUGGGUCCCAUGUGGAAGAGCAUCUGAACCAAAUAUGGAAGUGACAGGUCUAACACCAGGAAAAGAGUACAAAUUCAGAGUCGCUGCAGUUAAUUCUGAGGGUGAAUCUGAACCACUUGUAGCGGAGCAGACAAUUAUUGCAAAGAAUCCAUUUGAUGAGCCAGGGAAGCCAGGUGAUCUGCAAGCCACAGAUUGGGACAAAGAUCACGUGGACCUUAAGUGGACACCACCGAAAAAUGACGGUGGCUCUCCGAUAACCGGUUAUGUUGUGGAGAAGAAAGACAAGUAUGGUCAGUGGGAGAAAGCCCUGGAGGUGCCAGCGAGCCAGACCAAAGCAACAGUUCCCGACCUCAUUGAAGGGCAGCCGUACGAGUUCAGGGUACGAGCUGUGAAUGCAGCCGGCCCUGGCGACCCGAGCAACGAGACGCCAACCAUUUGGGCCAAGCCAAGAAACUUGGCUCCUAAAAUUGACAGAACCAAUCUCAUUGAAGUCCGCAUUAAGGCCGGUCAGAACUUUGGGUUUGAUGUGAAAGUGUCCGGGGAGCCGCCACCAACGACCAAAUGGCUAAUAAAGGGGAGGGAAACUAAAUCCUCCGAAAGAGUGAAAGUUCAGCAUGUUGAGUACAACACGAAGAUAAAUGUUCGCAUGGCAACAAGAGCAGAGUCUGGAAAAUACACUAUUACUGCUGAAAACAUCAAUGGAAAAGAUACUGCAGAUGUUAAUGUAAUUGUAUUAGAUAAACCCACUCCUCCAGAAGGUCCUUUGAAGGUUUCGGAUGUGAAUGCUGAGGGCUGCAAAUUAAGUUGGAAACCUCCUGAAGAUGAUGGCGGCCAACCUGUUGAAAAAUAUGUUGUGGAGAAAAUGGAUGAAGCCACUGGUCGAUGGGUUCCGGCUGGUGAAACCGAUGGUCCAGCCACGAGUCUAGAAGUCGAUGGCCUCACGCCAGGACACAAAUACAAGUUCCGGGUUCGUGCUGUGAACAAGCAAGGGAAAUCUGAACCUCUUACUACAAGUCAAGCAAUUGAAGCUAAGAAUCCUUUCGAUGAACCAAGCAAGCCUGGAACUCCUGAAAUCAAGGAUUACGACAAAGAUUUUGUCGAGCUCCAGUGGAAGAAACCAGAAGAAGAUGGAGGCUCUCCUGUUACUGGCUAUAUUGUUGAGAAGCGUGACAAGUUCAGUCCCAACUGGGAGAAAUGUGCUGAAGUGGUUGGAGACACGACAAACUGCAAAGUGCCUGACUUGAUUGAAGGAAAUCGCUAUGAGUUCCGCGUUCGAGCUGUGAACAAAGCUGGCCCUGGUGAACCCAGUGACCCAACGAAACCACAUGUCGCGAGACCUAAAAAAUUGGCACCUCGCAUUGACCGCAACGCCCUGAUGGAUAUAAAGGUUCGAGCUGGCCACAACUUUGACUUCGAUGUCCCCGUUAUUGGGGAACCACCACCAAAUAAGGAGUGGAGCCUGAAGGGUAACACUGUAUUAAAUACAGACCGAAUUAAGAUCAUCAAUGAGGACUACAAUACAAAACUGCGAGUUGUUGAUGCAAAGCGAAGUGAUAGUGGUCCUUACACCCUGACAGCAAAGAACAUCAAUGGUACUGAUACUGCCACUGUAAAUGUGACUGUACUAGAUAUUCCAUUGCCACCAGACGGUCCUCUUAAACCAGAAAAUGUUACUAAGUCAUCGUGUUCGUUAUACUGGCGGCCUCCCAAAGAUGAUGGCGGCUCAGAGAUCACUCAUUACGCUGUUGAGAAACUCGAUACUGAAAAUAUGCGUUGGGUACCCAUUGGAGAAUGUUCGGGUACCUCAAUGAGGGUGGAGCACCUUUUUGAAGGACAUGACUACAACUUCAGGGUGCGAGCUGUCAACAAGCAAGGAGAAUCCUUACCUUUAACAGGACUGGCUCCCAUAACUGCAAAGGACCCCUUCAAUAAACCGGAUAAACCUGGCACUCCAAAGGCAGUUGACUGGGACAAAGAUCAUGUUGAUUUGGAAUGGACUCCACCCAAGAAAGAUGGUGGCUCACCUAUUACAUCAUAUGUUAUUGAGAAGAAAACCAAAUUUGGGCCUUGGGAAAAGGCAGCUGAGGUCCCGGGCAACCAGACCAAGGGCACAGUUCCUGGUCUGACGGAAGGCGAGGAGUACGAAUUCCGAGUGAUUGCCGUAAACAAAGGCGGUCCUGGAGAGCCAAGCGACUGCUCUCUUCCAGUCAUCGCAAAACCUAGAUUCCAAGCACCAGUCUUUGACAAAACUCUAUUACAAGAUCUUGUGGUUCGUGCUGGUCAGAAAAUAAACUACACAAUUCCUAUUGAAGCUUCACCAAAACCAACUGCGAAAUGGACUGUGAAUGGCAAGCCAGUAGAACCAGGAGUGAGAGCUGAUAUUCACACAACUGAAAACGAAACAGUUUUUGACAUUCUGUUCUCCGUGCGGUCGGAUACAGGACGCUACACAUUGACUCUGGAAAAUAGUGUGGGUCAGUCGUCUGCAUCAGCAAACGUAACUGUCCUGGAUCGUCCUGGGCCACCAGAACGACCUCUGGUAAUUGGCAACGUCUCGAAAGAUGGAGCGCGGGUGUCAUGGAAAGCCCCGCUGGAUGACGGUGGCAGUCCCAUCCUUCACUAUGUCAUAGAGAAGAUGGACAUGUCCCGUGGGACGUGGUCCGACGCAGGCAUCUCCUCUUCACUCGCCCACGAAGUGACACGGCUGCUGCACAGGAAAGAGUACCUGUUCCGGGUGAAGGCUGUCAACAUUGUUGGCGAGUCUGAACUGCUGGAAGCUGACAGGAGCAUUAUUGCUAAAAAUGAAUUUGAUGAACCAGAUGCUCCUGGAAAGCCGCAGGUAAUGGAUUGGGACAAGGAUCAUGUAGAUCUGGAGUGGCCUGCACCAAAAUCAGAUGGUGGAUCCCCUAUCACUGGUUACAUAAUACAGAAGAAAGAAAAGGGAAGCCCAUAUUGGGUGAAUGCCGCUAACGUGCCAUCCAAACAGAACAGUGCCACAGUUCCUGACCUGACAGAGGGACAAGAAUAUGAGUUCCGUGUGAUUGCUGUGAACUCAGCUGGACAGAGUGAACCAAGUGAGCCAUCUGAUGUGGUCACUGCAAAAACAAGAUACUUGGCACCGAAAAUAAAGUCUCCAAUGAAUGACAUUCGCAUCAAAGCGGGUCAGAUUUUGCAUAUAGGCAUUGACUACAUUGGCGAGCCAGCCCCAGAAGCCACCUGGUCGGUUGCAACUAAACCUCUGAAGACUGACGACAGGACCACCAUCACGUCCAUCGGCUACCACACCAUUGUUCACACUGUCAACACCAAGCGCAUAGAUAGUGGGCUUUACCACUUGCUGAUCAGGAACAGCUCUGGGUCUGAUGAAGGAUCGUUCCAGGUUAUUGUUUUAGAUCGCCCCUCGCCGCCGGAGGCCCCGCUAGACUACGAAGAAAUCACUGGCUCAAGCGUCACUUUGUCCUGGAAACCUCCAAAGGAUAAUGGCGGAAGUGAAAUAACAAGCUACGUUAUUGAAAAGAGGGAUCUUACUCAUGGUGGUGGAUGGGUGCCAGCUGUUAGUUAUGUGAACCCUAAGUAUAAUCAUGCCACUGUGCCUCGCCUUCUCGAAGGAACGAAGUAUGAGUUUAGGGUGUCUGCAGAAAAUCUUCAAGGGCGUUCAGAUCCUCUGAAUACUCAGAAACCGGUUGUUGCAAAGAACCAAUUUGAUGUUCCUGGCCGCCCUGGUAAACCUGAGGCCGUAGAUACAGACAAGGAUCACAUCAAGAUAAAGUGGACUCCUCCCAUCAGUAAUGGAGGGUCUCCGAUAAUCGGUUAUGAUGUUGAAAGACGUGAUCGUAUGACCGGACGGUGGAUGAAACUAAACAAAGAACCAACAAAGCACCUGGAAUUCCAUGAUGAUCACGUUCAGGAUGGCCACCAAUACGAGUACCGUGUUUCAGCGGUUAAUGCUGCAGGAAAUGGCAAGCCGAGUGACACAUCAGCUGUGAUUUCUGCAAAACCAAUGAAAGAGAAGCCGAAGCUCUACCUCGAUGGACUAUACGGAAAGAAGAUUAAAGUUCGCGCUGGGGAGCCCAUUAACAUUCAAAUUCCUCUCUCAGGAGCCCCACUGCCCACAGUGGAAUGGACUAAGAAUUCUAGCAGGCUGCCAGAAUCCAACAGAAUAUCGAUGGAUACAACAAGCGAUAGCACAACUUUGCGUGUAGAAGCCUCCAACCGCAAUGAUUCCGGGAAAUACACUAUUACGGCUAAGAAUGACUAUGGACAAGAUUCUGCUGAUAUAGAAGUUACAGUCGUGGACAAGCCGGGUGAACCAAAGGGUCCUCUGUCGUACAGCAACAUUUCACAAGACAGUGUGACAUUGUCAUGGAACCCGCCACACGAUGACGGCGGUGGUGAUAUCACAGGCUAUGUGGUUGAAAUGGCUGAGUUUGGUCUGGACAACUGGAGAACUGUUCCGGGCUAUUGUCCUAAGCCAAAUUUUACUGUCAAGUCUCUGCACGAAGGCAAGCGGUACGUGUUCCGAGUCAGAGCAGAAAAUAUCUACGGGCUCUCUGAGCCACUGGAAGGGAAACCAGUUGUGGCGAAAUGUCCGUUCGAUCCUCCAGACGCACCGAGCCAGCCAGAGGUUACUGGCUAUGGCCCGACAAAUUGCAGCUUGACCUGGAACCCGCCCACGGAAACUGGCGGGAAGCCAAUCACAGGCUACUAUGUGGAGAAACGUGAGCGCGGAGGUGAAUGGAUAAAGGCCAACAACUAUCCUACUCCAAACACGAGCUACACCGUUCAAGACUUGCGGGAAGGAUCUCGCUACGAGUUCAGGGUCAUUGCAGUAAACGAAGCUGGCCCUGGAAAACCAAGCAAACCCACUGAUCCCAUUACGGCUGAGUUCCAGAGAAGGAAACCAGACGCACCGGAGCCGCCGAAAGCAGACCGCAUCACAAAGGACAGCGUCACACUAUCCUGGAGACCACCCCGCAAUGACGGGGGUGGCAAGAUAAAGGGCUACAUCAUCCAGAAGAAGAAGAAGGGUGAUCCAGAUUGGAGCGAUGUAAACACCUCGCCCGUGCCUGUCAAUGUGUACAAGGUGCCAGAUCUGGAGGAAGGCCAAGAAUACCAGUUCCGAAUAAAGGCGGUGAACGACGUUGGUCCGUCAGAUCCCAGCAGGCCCAGCAACAACAUACUGAUCGAAGAGCAGGCCAACAAGCCUGUAAUGGACCUCGGCUCCAUGCGUGACAUCACAGUACGCGCCGGAGAGGACUUCUCCAUCCACGUCCCCUACUUGGCGUUCCCGAAGCCUGUGCUUACGUGGUUCAACAAUGAUACCCUUCUGGACGACACAGAUCCGCGAGUGUUCCAGCAGCUGUCGGACGAUGCUGCGAGCAUCGUGGUGAAGAACUCGAAGAGGUCAGACAGCGGCCAGUACAGGCUGCAGCUGCGCAACAACGCUGGGUUCGACACGGCGACCGUGAACGUGCGGGUCCUGGACCGACCAGGCCCCCCGGAGAACCUGCGGGCGGACGAGUUUGCCGGCGAUGCCCUCACUCUGUACUGGAGCCCACCCAAGGACAACGGUGGCGCCGACAUCACCAACUACGUGGUGGAGAGGAAAGAACCCAAAUCUCCGACGUGGUCCAAGGUUAGCAGUUACAUUACAACGCCAUUCUGCAGAGUACGCAAUUUGGUCAUUGGACGUGAAUAUGACUUCAGAGUCAUGGCAGAGAAUCAGUACGGCACGUCUGAGCCUGCAACUCUUGCUGAACCAGUAAGAGCAAGACAUCCAUUCGAUCCUCCUGGUGCUCCCGGCGCUCCGCGGGGCAUUGACUCAUCCGAGGACUCCAUCACUAUCUCCUGGACCAAGCCGCGUCACGAUGGAGGCUCUCCCAUAACUGGCUACGUUGUCGAGAAAAGACUCAUUAGCGAGGACAAGUGGACGAAAGGAUCACAUGUGCACAUACUCGAUUUGUUCUACAAAGUUCCUGGUCUUAUUGAAAACCACGAGUAUGAAUUCCGGGUGGCAGCCAUAAAUGCAGCAGGCCAAGGUCCAUGGAGUUCUUCAUCCGACUCUAUAUUCUGCAGGCCCCCACCAAGUGCUCCAAAGAUUACAAGUGACCUGAGCAUACGCGACAUGACGGUGAUAGCAGGCGAAGAGUUCACAAUCACCGUCCCAUUCACGGGUAACCCUCAGCCAAAGCCAAGCUGGACAAUAAACGGGGAAGAAGUUUAUUCAAGCGACAGGAUCAAGUUUGAAACGAGCAACACGGCGACCGUGUUCAUUAACAAAUGUGCAAAGAGAAGUGACUUGGGCACAUACACCAUUCACCUUGUCAACUCAGAAGGUUCAGAUACUGCCUCUUGCAAGGUUCUCGUUGUUGACAAACCAUCGCCACCACAAGGCCCACUGGAAGUCUCCGACAUAACCCCAGAAACGUGCUCUCUGUCGUGGAGACCACCAGCUGACGAUGGCGGCUCUCCAAUCACUAACUAUGUUGUGGAGAAGCUGGAUCCUUCAACUGGGUUGUGGAUUAAAGUGAGCAGUUUUGUGCGAAGCACACACUAUGAUGUCAUUGGCUUGGAGCCAAACAAAAAGUACAGCUUCCGGAUACGAGCCGAGAACCAGUAUGGUGUCAGCGAUCCGCUCGAAUUGGAUGAACCAAUCACGGCCAAGUUCGCGUUCACCGUACCCGACCCACCAGGACAGCCUCGCAUCACGGAUUGGGACACAACUGACAUCACACUCACGUGGGACAGACCAAGGUCUGAUGGCGGGGCAAGGAUUCAAGGCUACAAGAUUGAGUACAGAGAUGUGUCAGAAGCUGAGUGGCGAGUGGCCAAUGACUACCUGGUGAAAGACACCACCCACAUUGUGCACAGUCUGCUGCAAGGACGAGAGUACGAGUUCCGAGUGAGGGCCAAGAACGCAGCUGGGUUCAGCAAGCCGUCGCCACCGUCGUCCAAAUUCAAGCUGAAGAGCAAGUCCAAUGUGCCUUCGCCCCCUGGCAUGCCUAAAGUCAUCAAAGUGGGCAGGAGCUAUGUGGACCUCCAGUGGGAGCCACCAGUUUCUGACGGUGGCAGUCGCAUCCUCGGCUACAUAGUCGAGAAACGUGAAAUGGGGGCCGGAACCUGGGUCAAGUGCAAUGAGUACAAUGUUCUUGAUUGCAGCUACACCGUCCUCAAUUUGAUUGAGCGAGCAGACUAUGAGUUCAGGAUUUUUGCCGUGAAUGCGGUCGGAAAAAGUGAACCCAGCUCUUGCACAACUCCCGUUAAGAUAUGUGAAAUCGAAGGCGGUGAGAAACCAGAGUUCAUUAGGCCAUUAUCCAAUGUCGGGGCACCAUUGGGAGCACCUGUGGUGCUGGAAUGUGAAGCAAGCGGUAAACCUAAACCUACUGCAAGGUGGUUGAAGAACGGACGAGAGCUGACAUUAGGGGGUAGGUUUUACGCUGAAGCGAAGAACGGUGUUUUCAAACUUACCAUUACUGAAGUGUGGGGUAUAGAUGAUGGUGACUAUGUGUGUGAAGCAAGCAACUCCUUGGGUUAUGUGACAACUACAGGCAGGCUUAGAAUUGGAACGCCACCAAAGAUCGAUAGAAUGCCGGGUGACCUGUACCUUCCCGAAGGAGACAACACCAAGAUCAAGAUUUAUUAUUCUGGAGACCAACCAAUGGAAGUUACGCUAAGUAAAGAUGGCAAAAAGAUUGAUGAGUCAACUCACAUUAAAUACACAGUAUUUGAUGAGUAUCUCAUCAUCUUCAUUAAAGAAAUAACAAAAACAGAUGCAGGAGUUUAUACUUUAUCGGUGAAGAAUGACAGUGGUAGCGUUUCUGCAUCGUUUACAGUCUACAUAACAGGUCUCCCUGGACCACCGAUUGGACCCUUGGAGGUUUCCGACAUUUCCAAACAUACGUGCACACUUAACUGGAAACCUCCGAAAUAUGACGGGGGCCUUCGCAUCACGCACUAUGUUGUGGAGAGACGGGACAUCACCUCUUUGCACUGGAUUAUUGUGUCGAGUUUCUGCAAAGAAACCACAUUUACAGUGCAGGGCCUAACAGAAGGCCAAGAGUAUCUCUUCAGGGUGAUGGCUGUCAACGACAAUGGAAUGGGUCCACCAUUGGAAGGCACCAACCCGAUUAAAGCUAAGGCUCCUUUCGAUCCGCCUUCGCCUCCUGGAACGCCUAAAGUGACUGAGGUCGGCGGAGACUUUGUCAACCUGCAGUGGGACAGGCCAGAGUCUGAUGGCGGCACCAAGAUCCAAGGCUACUGGAUCGACAAACGUGAAGUGGGCAGCGAUGCAUGGCAGAGGGUUAACCUUGCCAUAUGCAUGCCUACGCAAAUCAACAUUUCCAAUCUCAUUGAAGGACGACAGUACGAGUUCAGAGUGUUCGCACAGAACAUAGCAGGGCUGAGCGAACCUUCCACAGCUUCCACGUCUGUGAAGAUCAAGGACCCUCUGGCUGCUACACCACCAGAAAUUGUGAAGCCCCUAAGAAAUGCUAAUGCUAUUCAGAAUCACAAUGCAGAAUUCCAGUGCACAAUUACUGGGUCACCAAGACCAACAAUUACUUGGUACAAGGGUGCAAGGGAGCUUACACAAGGAACAAAGUAUCAAAUGCUCAAAGAAGGUGACACUUAUUCCCUCAUUGUAAAUGAUGUUUAUGGUGAAGAUGCAGAUGAAUAUGUUUGCAGAGCUGUAAAUAAAGCAGGUGUCAAGUCUACAAGAGCAGAGCUGGUUAUCAUGACUGCACCAAGACUGAACAUACCACCAAGGUUCCACGAUACUGCAUACUUUGAUAAAGGUGAAAAUGUGGUGGUCAAGAUUCCUUUCACUGGCUUCCCUAAGCCAAAGAUAUCCUGGAUGAAGGAUGGCGAAACUAUCGAGUCUGGUGGACAUUACACAGUUGAGAGAAAGGAAAGGCAUGCAGUAUUAACCAUCCUAGAUGGGAGUAAAUUGGACAGUGGUUCCUACAGAAUUGUUGCAGAAAAUGAUCUUGGUUCAGACUCUGCAAUAAUAAAUAUUCAAAUUAGCGACCGGCCGGACCCACCGCGGUUCCCCACGGUGGAGAACAUCGGCCACGACUCACUCGCUCUCACGUGGAGUGCCCCGCUGUGGGACGGCGGCAGCAACAUCACCAACUACUUGGUGGAGAAGCGCGAGCACCCCAUGACCAGCUGGAUCCGCGUGGGGAACACGAGGUUCACGACGAUGGCCAUCACGGGUCUGAGCCCGGGACACCAGUACGAGUUCCGCGUCUACGCUGAGAACAUAUACGGGAGGAGUGAUCCGAGCAGCAUUAGCGGUCUGAUAACAACCAAAGACUCGGGCAAGAAACCAGUGAAGCAGAAGCGAUAUGAAGUCGAUGAAACUGGUAAGAAGAUCAGAGGAAAGGCAGAUGGCAAAGUGAAUGACUAUGACCAGUAUGUAUUUGACAUUUACUCCAAAUAUGUUCCACAAGCUGUGGAUAUCAAAACAACUAGUGUGUAUGACUUGUACGAUAUCCUGGAAGAAAUUGGUACCGGAGCAUUUGGCGUUGUUCAUCGUUGUCGUGAAAGGAAAACUGGAAACAUCUUUGCUGCUAAGUUUAUUCCGGUUACACAUGCAAUGGAAAAGGAGUUAAUAAGAAAAGAGAUUGACAUCAUGAAUCAGUUACAUCAUCCUAAACUGAUAAAUCUUCAUGAUGCUUUUGAAGAUGACGAUGAAAUGGUGCUGAUAUUUGAAUUCCUAUCCGGUGGUGAAUUAUUUGAAAGAAUAACAGCAGAAGGCUACACCAUGUCAGAAGCAGAAGUUAUAAACUACAUGACACAAAUCUGUGAAGGUGUAAAGCAUAUGCACGAAAAGAAUAUCAUUCAUUUGGACAUCAAGCCAGAAAAUAUCAUGUGCCAAACAAGAAACAGCAAGAAUGUUAAGCUCAUUGAUUUUGGGCUGGCUACGAAGCUGGAUCCAAAUGAAGUCGUAAAAAUAUCUACAGGAACCGCUGAAUUUGCAGCCCCAGAAAUAGUUGAGCGUGAACCCGUUGGUUUCUACACAGAUAUGUGGGCAGUUGGCGUUCUCGCUUAUGUUCUUUUGAGUGGCCUUUCCCCAUUUGCUGGAGACAACGACAUUGAAACGUUAAAGAACGUUAAAGCUUGCGAUUGGGAUUUCGAUGAAGAAGCUUUUACCAAUGUUUCUGAAGAAGGCAAAGAUUUCAUCCGGAGGCUGCUUGUUAAAAAUAAAGAGAAACGUAUGACCGCACACGAAUGUCUCAUUCAUCCUUGGCUGACAGGAGACCAUAGCAAUCGCACACAACCAAUCAAUGCAUCUCGUUACACCAACAUACGAGAUAAGAUUAGAGCCAAAUAUUCCAAUUGGGACUCUUUCAUUCUGCCAAUUGGUCGGCUGGCUGAGUAUAGCUCACUUCGUAAACUGUUGGUUGAGAAAUAUCGCAUAUAUGACAGUUCAUUUGAUCGUAGGCAAGCAGCACCAAGGUUUGUCAUCAGACCUCAGAGUGCAUUUGCCUACGAGGGGCAGAGUGCGAAGUUCUACUGCCGCGUCAUUGCCAUUGCAACACCGACGCUCACAUGGUACCACAAUAAUGCUGAGCUGCGGCAGAGUGUGAAGUUCAUGAAGCGGUAUGCCGGCGAAGACUACACGUUCGUCAUUAACAGGGUGAAGCUGGAAGACAGGGGAGAGUACAUCAUCCGAGCUGAGAACCACUACGGUUUUAGAGAAGAGGUUGUCUUCCUCAAUGUGCAACCUCUUCCGAAAACAGUGCCCCAGUACAAGCCGGAAGUCCACCCAGUCCGGCGGCGUGAGCCCCUGGCCUACACGGUGUGGCAGGAGGAGAGAGAGAGUGCGCCUAGCUUUACAUUCCUGUUAAGACCGCGAGUGAUGCAGUACAGACAGACCUGCAAGCUGCUCUGCUGUCUCAGUGGGAAACCAACUCCGACCGUUAAAUGGUACAAAGACAAACGGGAGCUAACAAAGUAUGAAUUCAACAUGACCCAUGCAGAUGGUGUUGUUACUAUGGAAAUUGUAGACUGCAAGCCAGAAGACUCAGGGAAGUACAGUUGUGUAGCGACAAACAUCCAUGGUACAGACGAAACAAGUUGUGUUGUGAUUGUAGAAGGCUUUGGAUCCACUCCCGAGCAAGCUGACUUAGCUAAUAAGUUGAUGCAUUCUGGAGAUCGAAGGUACAUAGAACAACCAUCGCGACCAGCACCAACAACAGUCAGUGUGAACAAAUCCAGCUACAGCAGUUCAUCCAGUGCGUCAAAAUACAGCAGCAGUGUCAGUCAGUCAAGUACAAAUCAGACUAACAUCAAGUCGGCCGCAACAAUUGCUAUAAGCAGUUCAGACACUUCAGACACAACUGAGAAGAGAACCAUGAAGAAGUAUGGCAGCAAACUGGAUGCUACAGGUAGUCCAUCGAGGUCUCGCAGUGCAACAAAAGAGUUGAUUCUGCCACCAGACGAUUCAUUGAUGUGUGCGCCCGAGUUCACGGUUAAACUCCAAGACAUGACAGUCAAUGAUGGUGAACUGCUACACCUGAGCUGUACUAUUAAAGGAGACCCGGAGCCUCAAGUCAACUGGACCAAAAAUGGCAAGGCACUGACCUCGUCAGAUAUUAUGGAUCUGAAGUACAAGAGUGGAAUUGCAUCUCUGAACAUUAAUGAAGUAUUCCCAGAAGAUGAGGGUGAAUAUGUGUGCACAGCAACCAACUCUAUGGGAAGUGUCAGUACAAAAAGCAAAAUUACUGUGGCACCAAUGAAAUCAUCAGGUGAAGCUCGUAGUAAAUCCAAAACUGGAGAUAAACCACCGAAAAUUGUUAGCCACUUAUCAUCAGCAUUUGUAAAAGAUGGCGAACCAGUGACGCUAUUUUGUCGCAUUAUUGGUGCUGAAAAAUUUGAUGUUGUUUGGCUUCACAACAACAAAGAAAUAAAGCCCAGCAAAGAUUUUGAAUACACAAAUGAAGCUAGUAUAUACAAGCUUAAUAUUGCUGAAAUAUUCCCUGAAGACUGUGGUACUUACACAUGUGAGGCGUUUAAUGAUGCAGGAGAAUCGUUUAGUAGCUGCACGCUCAACGUAUUAGUACCAAAUGAGGAGCCGAAAAGCCCUGUUUUCAAAACAUUCCCCCAGUCUGCAACGGUUCAAGAGGGCGAAAGUGUCAGUUUUGAUUGUGAAACUGAGAAAGUACCACUGAAAGUGUUAUGGCUGAAGGACAAUAAUCCCGUUGAGGAAUCCAGUCCUAGAUUUCAAUUCGUGCAGGAUGGGAAAAAGAAGUUCAAGUUCCAGAUAACAAGCUGCACGCCACAAGAUGUGGGCCAGUACUCGUGCAAAGCGGUCGGGAAGAAAAAUGAAACUUUCGCAGCGUUCUCCCUCAAUGUUUGUUCCGCAGGCGAUCUGUGAACCAACAUGACGGAAUGAGACGUGUUUUCUUUCAUGCAGCAUUCGACCCAACUUGGCUACACAAGUUCGUAUAAAUGCUGGCGUAAAAUGCUAUCGACCAAAACUGUGGAUGUUGAAGAUAUGUGUUUUGUACGAACUAUUCUGUGGCACGUCGAAUCAAAAAAAAAAUUGUCAUUGCGUUGUGAAAUCACAAAAUCAUUGUACAGCUGUAUAAUAUAACCUCUCACUUGCAUCUCAUUGUGUGUUGCACUUGGACUAAGAAGUGAACUGUGCGCUUUGGCGGUGAAGAAAUUAGGGAGAGCUCCAGCGUCCUCGGCAUCGAAAAAUUAUAAUGCUUUCCCUGUGCUUUACUGCCUCUGCUGUGGUUCAACUUCAUCAUGUGAAUAUCAUCGUACGGUUUAAUAAUAAUUAAAGAGCAUUUAAUUGUAUGUUUUACAACAUUUAAAAGAAACUAUUGUGUUUACUUUAUGUACAUAAAAAUCUUUUAGAAUGAACAUUAUAUAUAUUAUAUUUUCUUUAAAUUAUUCUUCAGAUACAUACAGCAUUCGUGCAAGCAAAAGAAAAAUUGUCUAUAUUAAAUACGUUAUUUACAAAAAUCGAACUUAGAUACAUGUAUUUUUAAAAUUUAAAUAAUAAAGGACCACAGAAAUGCUUUUCA